AUGUGGACCACUAGAGGACGAGGAUUUAAAGUAGGGUUCGACGCAGAAGCCAUGGGGAUAGGUAAAGUUGGCCCUAGUGGGGAAUGGCAUCGAAGCAAGACUGAUGAAGGAUGGGGGGAGUAUUCUUCUGAGGGGAGUACCAAGUUGGUGGUUUUCUUUGGUGGCAUCAGAUUUAACUACACAUGGAUGAUGGGAAAGGAUCUAAAACCCACAUACGGCGGCGGGCAACUCAGAGUUCCCGUGACGGAGCAAAUACCUUCCCCAGAGCAGGGUACCACAAUGUUACUUGAUGAAGAAGACGAAGUGGGAGGAGAGAUUUUAGCUGUAUUACCAGAUCCAGAUAACAAUGGAUCCAACAUUUUACUUGAGUGCGAAGAGUACAUUGACUAG